GCUACCGCCACACCACCACCUCCACCACCUACGACCUCACCACUCUACUAUCUCUCUUUCCCCCCCCUCCUUCCUCUCCCCCCAUCGCUCUUUGUCGUUCGCGCCUCUUCCCCUCUUUAUCUCCCUCCCACAUCCGUUCCCCCCACCCUCCUCGAUCGUCUUAGAGAGUCCCCUGGAUCUUCCGACGCCGCCUCGGUCAACUCAAUUCAACUCCUUACGCCCGCCUCGUUACCCUAUUCAUUCCCACCCUUUCCAGGGGCUUGUUUGGUCAAGAUGGCAGCCGAUAUGAGCGGCGAACAGAUGCAGGCUAAGAUCACUGCCGCCCGGCGCGAAGCCGAGGGCCUGAAGGACAAGAUCAAGCGCCGAAAGGAUGAACUGGCCGAUACCACUCUCCGCCAAGUCGCGCAGAAUCAGACAGAAACCCUACCUCGCAUUGGGAUGAAGCCUCGUCGAACGCUUAAGGGCCAUCUUGCCAAGAUCUACGCCAUGCACUGGUCGACCGAUCGCCGCCACCUCGUUUCCGCCUCCCAGGAUGGAAAGCUCAUCAUCUGGGACGCCUACACCACGAACAAGGUCCAUGCGAUUCCCUUGCGAUCAUCAUGGGUGAUGACUUGCGCCUACGCUCCUAGCGGAAAUUACGUUGCCUGUGGUGGUUUGGAUAACAUUUGCUCCAUCUACAACCUUUCCUCGCGUGAAGGGCCGACUCGGGUAGCGCGCGAACUCUCCGGACAUUCAGGCUACCUCUCUUGCUGUCGAUUCAUCAACGAUCGCCGGAUCAUUACUUCCUCGGGUGAUAUGACUUGUAUGUUGUGGGAUAUCGAAUCGGGCUCGAAGGUGACCGAAUUCGCGGACCACCUGGGCGAUGUCAUGUCGAUCAGUAUCAACCCCACCAACCAGAACAUCUUCGUUUCCGGUGCCUGCGACGCCUUCGCCAAGCUUUGGGAUAUUCGUACCGGAAAGGCCGUUCAAACCUUCGCUGGACACGAGUCCGAUAUCAACGCCAUCCAGUUCUUCCCCGAUGGAAACGCUUUCGGAACUGGGUCCGAUGACACUUCUUGCCGUCUCUUUGAUAUCCGCGCGGAUCGGGAGUUGAACACCUAUUUGAGCGAUCAAAUAUUGUGCGGUAUCACCUCGGUCGCGUUCUCUGUUUCUGGUAGAUUGCUCUUCGCAGGUUACGAUGAUUUCGAAUGCAAGGUCUGGGAUGUCUUGCGCGGCGACAAGGUUGGAUCUCUGAGCGGCCACGAGAACCGUGUAAGCUGCUUGGGAGUCAGCAACGAUGGCAUCAGCUUGUGCACUGGAUCUUGGGAUUCCUUGCUCAAGGUGUGGGCCUGGUAAAUCGAGAAAACGAACAAAAAAACAGCAAAGAUACCCUGUCUCAAAUCUUUCGUGACGUCCUCAUUCGAAGUUUCCUUAAUCAUUUUCUGCGCCACUAUGUUCCAUGUCCGCCACUGUACGAUAAUCU